AUGGAUGGAUCAGGUUCUACAGGGGAGGAGUACAGGAGAACAGUAAGGUGAGUGAAUGAAUAUUGCAUGAUCACAUUGAGAGUUCAGCAUAUUUGAUUGAUAUAGUCUCUUAAAGAGUACUGUCAAUAUUCCAUGUGAUAUUCCUUCUGUCUUCAGCCAAUUGAUCCAGGGGCUGAUUGAUGGGGAGGAAGAGUUUGUGAAGGUGAUGAAGGACUUUACGUCCCACUACCUGCACCACUUAGACACCAGCCCUGAUGUCCCCAUCAACAUCAUCAACCAGAAAGAAACCAUCUUCCGCAAUAUCAAGGACAUCAUGGCUUUACAUGAGAGGUGAGAACGUCACAACUGUUCUCUUUGUCGAGAAUAAAAUGUCACAACUGUUCUCUUUGUCAAAUAAAACGAGGUAAAUACUGUCCUUAUUUUCCUAUCCCCUCCUCAGGUCUAUUCUGCCUAGGCUGAGCGAGUGUUCUACUGAUGAUGAUGUGGCCAUGCACCUGGUCAAACAUGCAGAGGACUUUGAGAAGUAUCUGCAGUACAUGAUGGGCCAAACACAGGCAGAGACCUGUGUGACUGACAAGACCAUCCAGCAGUACUUCAAGGUAUGCAAUCAGAUCAUUUACCAUAAUGCACAAAAAUCAACCCCCACACCCAGAAGAAAAACAAUUUGCUCUCACAUGCUCCCAGUUUUCCAUGCUGACAUUCACGUGUAUUGACCUUUGUGUUCCAGCAUAACACGGAGACAGAGCCUGAGCACCCCAAAACUGCAGUGCUGGAUGUCAUCACCUUCUUACAGAGACCAGUGGAGAGGAUUCAGACCUACCAGGCCUUACUCAAGGUCAGUGCUCGUUAUCCAUUUCUAAGUGUCCAUUUUGAGACCUUUAAUCCAUGUAUUUCUCCCGGUGUGUGUGUGUGUGUUUGUAUGUUGACAGGAGCUGAUCAAGAACAAGGCUAAGUGUGGGAAAAGCUGCCGUCUGCUGGAGGAUGCAUUCUCCAUGGUGUCCUGUCUGCCCUGGCGUUCUGACAACCUGCACCAGGUGUCUCUGAUUGAGAACUACCCUGCCCCACUCACUGCACUGGGGGAACCCGUCCGCCAGGUAACUCACCCCUGACCCACAAAGAGUGGUUCAGCUCUACCUGGGGAUGUUGUUAGCUCCAGAGAAGGGAUAGAUGACUACAUCAACGUGUCCAGAAUACCUGAGGUCAGGUGUCCCGUAACAACCCAUGACAGUUGUUGCUUCAAGGCUGAGGGGGACACGGCAUCAUUGAAAGUUUAAAUGUCAAUUAACUGACAGGAUAACACUUGCAAUGCACCAUCUUGAUUGCAUGUUUGAGAUGUGAUUGAAGUAAUUUCUUCAUUGAUAAUGCAGCUCCAUCUGAAGCUUUGAUACCAGGUCUUUCCUCCUCCCAGGGUUCCCUCACUGUGUGGGAGGAGUCUCCUGAGAUCAAGACGUCCUCCAGGUGGCACCAGAGGCAGGUGUUUCUCUUUAAGGACUGUGUCCUCCUCUGUAAGCUCAAGAGAGACCCCUGCAUGAACUCUGACACCUAUGCCUUCAAGAACAAGAUGAAGGUAAAACCUGGCCCUCAUCCUUUGCCUCAGUCAAUGUAAAUGUAUAGUCCAAAUCCCUGCAGCAUACAUAUUGUGUUACCGACUGGGGUUCGAACCUAGGUCUCCUGUGAGCCACAAGACUUUGAUAUCCCUCUGAGCUAAAACCUAUGCAUUAGCUUGGGGAGAUAAGUGUUCAGGUUUCAGGCAAGGCUACUCAUCAUAUGAGUGUGGCAAGGUUAUUAUAGUUUUUUUUUUUUAUAUUCGUUUUUAUUUCUAUUAGUUUUAUGAUUUUAAUUUGAGAUUCAGUUAAGUUUCAGUUAGUUUUCAGACCUUAUUACAUUUUUGUUUUAUAAAAGUAUUUAUAUUUCGUUUUUAUAUUAUUUAGUUUCAGUUUACUAAAUUGUUUUUUCAUAAUUAGUUUUAGUUUUAGCUUGAGUUUUUGUUUACAAUAAUAACCUUGGAGUGUGGUUUCCCGAACCAUCUACAUUGCACAUAGAGUACCUUCCUUGUAAUAUGAGCGUCUCCCCCUCCCCAGCUGAAUGAUGUGGAGGUGAAGGAGACAGUGGGGGGAGAUGAGAAGUCCUGGGAGCUGUGGCACGAGCACCGCGGCUCAGUGAGGAGGUACACACUGCAGGGUCACUCCACCCUGCUCAAGCUGUCCUGGCUCAAAGACCUGAGAGAGCUGCAGCAAUGCUCCAGCCUGACUGCCUGCAGUGAGUUCCUCUAUGACUAUGUAUUUUGGCACUGUCCAUUGUUAAGUCUGCCUAAUACUAUCACUGGUUCGGUCCUCUGUUAACUCUAUCCAAUGUUAGCUCUGGGCAGCAGUAGGUCUAUGCUGCCUGGUCUCCUCCCAUCAUUACAGUAGUCUUGUGGGUGUUUCUUUAGGUCCACCAGAGUUCGAAGUUCUCCUGGCUGACUGCACAACAAAGAUCGGGCAGACAAUCAAACUGACCUGCAAAGUCAAAGGAACACCCAAACCAGUGUUCAGCUGGUUCAAAGGUAAAAGAGUGAGCAGCAUAGUAAUCCAUUUUUGUUUUUUUACAAACAAAAAGGCAAGAAAAAAAGAAAACACUUUUUAAACAGCAGUACAGUCUCUUUGACGCUCUGAAAUGACAUCACUUCCCCAGACGGCCUGGCCCUAGAGGACAGCCCCCACCACAUCAUCACUGCAGACCGGGCAGGCACCUGGUGUCUCAUCCUGGACGGGGUCACUCCCAAGGACUCUGGACAGUACAUGUGCUACGCCUCCAGCUCCGUGGGUCAUGCUAGCACACUGGCCAAGAUAGUGGUGGACGGUGAGUCAACAGCCACUUACAGUAGCUUUGGUGCUGAACUCAGCACCCACAGUCAGGGAUGGCAGAGCAUUCAGUCCAUAGAGAUCCUACUACAUUUUCUAUGUAUUAUUUAUUAUUGAAUGUGUUAGUGUAUUCUAAUUCCAAGUUCUAUGAUUCAGUCUACCUCACUCAUAAAUCACAUGCUGAUGAAGAUUAGGUCUUAAAUACACUGAAAUACACAAAUCGUACACAUAUGAUUGUACUAUCUAACAUGUUACGGUAUACUCCAUGUCCUAUUCUGCAAAGAUAAUAAAUAAUGCGUAGACUGAAGGAACUCAUUACUUCCUGUCGUACAGCACCCCCCAGGUUCAUUACUAGGCUGCAGAGUGCAUGUCUGCUGGAGGGAGAGGACGUCCAGUUUACCUGCUCCACACACAGCACACCGCUACCCCGAAUCAGGUAUGGUGCAGUAAAUUGCGCUGGAUCUACAGAUGUAGUAUCUUAAUUUGAUCACUGUGUUGCAGGACAACUUUAAAACUUUAAGUGUAUUUGAGGUUUAAAAAGUAUUCUGAAAUUUGUAAUUUCCCUUUUGAAAUGUCAGACUUGAUUUUCCCUCACGAAACAUGUAUCAACCCCUACAAAAAUGUCCAUUAAUUAUAAUCCAUAUAAUGGAUUGUAGCAAACUGGCUCAAAUUAAGAUCCUACAUCUGUACUCAGUAUUCCCCUACUAUGUCAUGUGAACCUGGGCUCCCAGGAUUCAAUGUUUGAACCAUACGUGUUAAGAUUCCCAUUGAGAUCCACCCACACGUUGUUAUUUGGUUGUGUGCCCUGGCAUGCUCUGGGCAGGUGGUUUAAGGAUGGCAGAGAGCUGACAGACCAGAGGAAGUACCACAUAGAGAGUGAUGCCCGCAGUGGGAUUCUCACUCUCACCAUCAUGAACCCUGGAGAGACAGACCUGGGACAGUAUGAGUGUGAGGUAUGCCUACAGGAUAUAUAUGAAAUCCCCUUUAUGUAGUUCAUAUGUAAUGCUUCUUCAUAACACGUAGGAAUAACAUUAAGGUACAAUAUACUGUUGCUUUUCUUCUAGGAGCUUUUGUGCACUGUUAUAAAUUAGUGAAUUUAAAAUGAGAAAUCUUGUUAUAUUUCAGCUGUGGAACCAGUUGGGCAGUGCCAAGAGUAAAGCAGAGCUGUGCGCCGCCUUCACACAAGUGAUUGACAGUCAGCCUGACCAACCACAGGUCCUCUUGACCAAAGGUAGGAGAGUUCCACCCAAUCAAGGUAAAUCUCCACCUCAGAGUAAGGAAGCAGGUUUUGAUAAGAAGGCUAUCUACACUAUAAGACUGGUUAAUAGGAUGACAGUCUAAUAUAUUCUAGGAUAAAGACCCUACAGCUCCAGCUAUACUGAUUUCUCAUGAGAGACAAGAAUAAAUCUUGUGUUAUCCCAGUUUUAUUCUGUGGACAAUAUACAUUUAGUGUUAACUGACGAGGGAUUAGGAAAGCACAUGCCAUGGUCAUUCCUUAGUUUCACCUCACUUCACUUUUACCUCAAAUCACUUCACUUUAUCUCUGUUUUCACACUGUCAGUCAUCAUUGCCAUUCCUCAUUUUCAAUUUGGAUUGUCUCAUUACCUAGGUUACCCUUUCUCACCCCUGAAACCAUAAAAACUUCCAGUCAUCUACAUUAGAUAUCAUACCAAUCAACAUAGAUAUCAUACCAUUCCUAGUUGUACAUAUUCAUGAAAGACAUUGAUACACUUUAGUAUUGGAUGUUUUGAUUUGUGUUUUCAUAAUGUUUCCAUCUUUCAGAAAUGAAUAGUAUUGGAACGGACCGGGUCAUUUACCCCCCAUUUGACUGAUCUUGGUGGAUUUCCAAAAGCUUUUCCAAACAGGAGAAAUAAGGGGCCAUAGCUCAUUUACAUCUAGGGGUGUUUCCCAGACACAGAUUAAGCCUAGUUCUAGACUGAAAAGCACUUUAAAUGGAGAUUCUCCAUUGAUCUUGCUUCUUGGUCCAGGACUAGGCUUAAUCUGUGCCCGGGAAACCACCCCUCAGAGUCCAUAUCAGGACCUACUUACGUUUAAUCCAUAACAAAUACCUUUAACACAUUUAAGUCACCAAGUACAUUCAAUUAGUUCAUUUAUUUAAAAAAAAAUAUGAUAGAUCACAGGCAUUGCAGUAUGUAUAAAUUGCUUUCCUUCAUGAGCUAUGAUUUCACCUCUAAGUAGUUUUCCUUUAGGCUUUUGGACACCAAUUGAUCAUGUGACUCCAUCCAUUCUCUGUAACCCUGCUCUCCAUCCCACUUCCUAUGUAGUCCCCCGAGCAGGAAGUACCUCACAGAACCUUCAUCAUGUAAGUCUUAUCAUGUUCCCAGUAUCAUGGACCCAGUGCAUGUGGAUGGGUCCUCCUCUCUCCUCUCCAACGCAUGCCCAGUUAACUCUCCACUCCUACCCAUACAAGAUGGUCAUGUGCUGGACGUCAGGCACCCCUUAUGCCCCCCCCCCCCCCCCCCCGGGGAGUGGGCAUGUGUCCAUGUCCUCCUGUUCAUGGGCUGAUUUACAAACUAUUGGGUGUCCAUCAAGUCUGGAGGUAAGACGUGCACUGGUUAUUAUGUUCUAGAGGUAAGGGUACUGUACGUUCCUAAUAUUUGCUUUAAUUUUGCACAUUAAACAUUUUUAAAUAGACAGUUGUUAAUGCCUCGACACGCUUCGCCUCCGUCACAAGUUAGCAUGGCUUUAAAAAAUAUAUUAAGUUUAAAGGUCAGCUAAUGUGAAGUAAUGAUUUUGGAUUAUAAAACUCUAAGUGGACCUAAAAGCAUCUGUCAGUCUGUGAGUGGUGUCAUUGUGCUUCCUCCAGACUCAGAGGGCUGGUCCACUGCCAUGGUGAAGCAAUGGCUGCAGACAGACUUCAGCCCCACAUCUAUCAUCAAAAUGCUCUUCCAGCCUGGAUACACUCAGCCGUGAGUCUACCUGACAGAACUGUGAUACAUUAUCAUACUACUGCAUCGUCUCUCUCUCUAUCCCAAUAUAUGCACUGUCUCUAUAUCUAUCCCAAUAUUUUCUCUACAGAGCUGAGGGUGGCCCAGAGGAAAGGGACCCCACCACCAGAGGCCACGUGGAGGUGCCACAGUUCCCCAAUGAUCUUGAGGAGAGACCUGAGGUUGAGGAGGAACUUUAUGUCCCUGAGACCAUACAGGAAAUGACAACAGGUACUUGAACUGUACACACUCACACUGUAGUUCCUUUUUUUUGUUUUUGAAGUGGCUACUGUGCCUAAAACUUGAAUAAUCUUGCGGAAUUACUUCACUUCCUGUUUCCUCAGCUCCUCCCGCCAUUCAGGUGCCGGCAGAGGACCUGUGUGUGGAGUCUGGCCAAUCAGCUACCUUCACCAUCAUCAUCACAGGAAGGCCCACCCCCGAGAUUCAGUGGUACAAGGUAGGGAAGCUUCAAACCAAUGUGCCUUCUCAAUCUAAGACCACCAUCAACUGAUUCACUGUUAUAAAUAACUUCAGACUAACCUUCAUUAUGAGAUGCUCCAUAUAAUUUCAGCAUAUCUGACACCGGACUAACCACACCCAUUUAUCAACCGAGCAGUAAUCUAUACUGAACAAAAAUAUAAACACAACAUGCAACAAAUUCAACAAUUUUACUGAGUUACAGAUCAUGUAAGGAAAUCAGUCAAUUGAAAUAAAUUCAUUAGGCACUAAUCUAUGGAUUUCACAUGACUGGGCAGGGGCACAGCCAUGGGUGGGCCUGGGAGGGCAUAGGCCCACCCAUUUGGGAGCCAAGCCCACCCACUGGGGAGCCAGGCCCAGCCAAUCAGAAUUCGUUUUAUUACAGAAAUAAAUACUCCUCAGUUUCAUGAGCUGUUCGGGUGGCUGGUCUCAGACAAUCCCGCUGGUGAAGAAGCCGGAUGUGGAGGUCCUGGGCUGUUGUCAUUACACGUGGUCUGCGGUUGUGAGGCUGGUUGGACAUACUGCCAAAUUCUCUAAAACAAAGUUGGAGGUGGCUUAUGGUAGAGAAAUGAACAUUCAAUUAUCCGGCAAUAGCUCUGAUGGACAUUCCUGCAGUCAGCAUGCCCAUUGCACGCUCCUUCAAAACCUGAGAUAUCUGUGGCAUUGUGUUGAGUGACAAAACUGCACAUUUUAGAGUGGCCUUUUGUUGUCCCCAGCACAAGGUGCACCUGUGUAAUGAUAAUGCUGUUUAAUCAGCUUCUUGAUAUGUCACACCUGUCAGGUGGAUGGAUUAUCUUGGCAAAGGAGAAAUGCUCACCUAUAGGGUUGUAAACAAAUUUGUGCACACAAUUUGAGAGAAAUACGCUUUUUGUGCGUGUGGAAAAUGUCUGGGAUCUUUUAUUUCAGCUCAUGAAACAUGGGACCAGCACUUUACAUGUUGCGUUUAUAUUUUUGUUCAGUAUACAUGGAUACUGUUGCCUGUGUAAUAUUUGGUGUCCUCCUCUACUGUUGGGAGUCUGGGACCCCUGUGCUGUCGUAGAAGUUGUACCUUAGUACUGUGUCUCUCUCAUAUGAUUGUAGGAUGGAGAGGAGCUGUUGGCCAAUGAGAAUGUGGAGGUGGUCCAGAAUGGUGCCCGCUGCUCUCUGACUGUGCUGUGCCCGGAGAGCGAGGACGGUGGCAUCUACACCUGCUGGGCCUAUAACAACUCAGGACACACCUCCUGUCAGGCUCAGCUCACAGUGGAGGAGGGUGAGGCCUCAGGACACACCUACGCAGUUUCUCAAAAGAUUCCCAUUCCCCUUGUACAGUAGUGCACAACUCUUUGCUAGAUCCAUACCACUGGGUACACACUGGUUGAAUCAACGUUGUUUCCACAUAAUUUCAAUGAAAUUAUGUUGAACCAACGUGGAAUAGACGUUGAAUUUACGUCUUUCUGUUUACUGUUCUUAUUGUUACAUUCAUUCAAGCUUGCUGAUACCAAAACUACGACAGUUUUAACCACUAUAUGCCUAGAAGAUGUGCAUCCUAAUCCGAAACCAACAUAACACCACAGACGUGAUCUUCUCUGGCUGGACUACCUGUGACUGCAUGACCAUGAUCCUCUUUUCUGUAGGUCCACUGGAGUCGCAGGAGAAGGAGGUGGAGCUUGGGAAGAGGAGGAAGCUGCUCUCUGUGUAUGACGUCCAUCAGGAGAUAGGGAGGUAAAUGCCGACUUUGUUGGGUAUCCUAUUUCACAAGUUGGCAGUCAAUCUGCAACUGUGGAGGUGACGCUCCCUUUAUCUGUGUCCCAAUGAUCUAAAAUGGCUUCCAUCCUUUGUCUCUUCUCCUUGUGUCUGUAGAGGCACAUAUGGGGUGGUGAAACGGGUUACCCACAGGAGGACUGGCGAGGGCUUUGCCGCCAAGUUCCUGCCCCUGAGGAGCAGUACAAGGACCAGGGCCUUCCAGGAGAGAGACCUGCUCUCCCGGUUGGCCCACCCCAGGGUGUCCUGUCUGCUGGACUUCUUCUCUACGCGCAGGACCCUGGUCCUGGUCACAGAAGUGUAUCCUUCAACAUGGCGCUUUUAG